UGGCACUACCCACCCGAGUUCUGGGACAGACUCUCGACGAUUCCGCUGAUCCGCUCAGCUCUAAAAGAGCUUGACCGGCGGAUUUGCGAACAACCUGCCCCUCCUCCCCCGUCGUUGCCAACAGAGCCCGCUGCCCGAGACCUCGCCCGAUUUGCACGCCACGGCGGACCAGACCUGCGCGAUCUUCGAGGGUAUCCGGCUCCUGCUGCUGACAGCACCAUGAGCUCCUCAUCCCGGAGCCAAGCGACCAAGUCUAUCAACCUAAUAACGGUUACAACUGAUUCAGGUACAACGAGGACUAAGAAAUCAUCAACCUAUCAUCGUGGAUUCGAACAACACUUAGCUGAUUAUAGAAUUCAUGCUAUCUGGAACUCGCAGAAACUAGAUCUAGCGGAUACAAAAGCGGUACUGGCUCGCUCGAGAUCAUCGCUCUCGCUCUCUCGUUUCCCAGAUGAUAGCUUCGAAGCCUUCCAAAACGAUAAUUCUCGAGCAAAGGAUGAAAGUGAUAUAUGCAAAUAUAUACUGCCGACUAUUACUGGGCCCUGGAAGGAUAAUUAUCCAUCUGCUGAGAAUAUGGCUUUCGGGAAUCUAGCACCGCUCACUAACGGGACCAUAGUAGCAGCCAAGCCAGAUAUUGCGCUGGGUGCCUGUCCUGAACAACUCAAUCCGACUAUUCGCAGCGAGCUUCAACAUCACAUCAUUCCCUCCACCUCAACGGAUCGGAUUAUCGCACCCAAUUUCUUUCUGGAGGCGAAGGGCCCGAAUGGAUCGACAGCAGUGAUGAUGCGACAGGCUCGGUAUGAUGGAGCAAUCGGUGCCCGGAGCAUGCACAGCCUGCAGAACUAUGGUCGGGAGGAGCCUGUGUACGACGGCCAUGCCUAUACCUACAGCUCAACCUACUAUGAUGGCACACUCAAGAUGUACGCUCAUCAUGCUACUGCGCCUGCAAUAUCAGGAGGCCAGCCCGAGUAUCACAUGAACCAGCUCACUGCUUAUGCCUUAACGAAUAACCGGGAGACCUUUGUUCAAGGAGCUACUGCAUACAGGAAUCUAAGAGACCUAGCAAUGCAGCAGCGAGAUACAUUCAUCGAGGCAGCCAACGCU